AGAAGGUGAAUUGAGUUAAAGCGGAGAACAUGGCUGUUAGUUUUCUGUCCAGAGGUGUCGGUUUGUUCCAGCUCAGCAGGAGAACAACGACGCUGCUGUCCGGUGCUCGGUGUUACUCUCAAACCGAACCGGAGCCGCUGACGGUGAAACAGCAACACGACGGAAUAAGGAGAAUAAUACUGAACAACCCGAGGAAGAGGAACGCUCUGUCUCUGUCCAUGCUGGAGUCGCUCAGAGAGAACAUCCUGACUGACGCCAACAGCGACGAGCUCAGAGUCAUCAUCAUAUCAGCCAAAGGUCCGGUGUUCUCCUCCGGACACGACCUGAAGGAGCUGACGUCAGCUCAGGGCCGCGACUAUCACACCAAGGUGUUCCUCACCUGUGCAGAGGUGAUGACUCUCGUACAGGACAUACCUGUUCCUGUCAUCGCUAUGGUCAACGGCGUUGCCACGGCGGCAGGUUGCCAGCUGGUUGCCAGUUGUGACAUUGCCGUGGCGACGGAGAAGUCCACAUUCGCCACCCCGGGUGUCAACGUGGGUUUGUUCUGCUCGACGCCGGCGGUGGCCAUCGGCCGGGCGGUGCCGAGGAAGGUCGCCAUGGAGAUGUUGUUCACAGGCACUCCCAUCUCGGCCCAUGAUGCUUUGCUGCACGGCCUGGUCAGUAAGGUGGUGCCGGAGGAGCGACUGGAGGAGGAAACUUUAUCCAUCGCAAAGAGAAUUUGUGAGGCCAGCCGACCGGUCGUAGCCCUCGGAAAGGCCACCUUCCAGAGACAAAUGGCUCAGGGUCGGGACGCAGCGUACGCCACCACCUCCAGGGUGAUGGUGGACAACCUGGCUCUGCGAGACGGCCAGGAGGGCAUCCAGGCCUUCAUCGAGAAGCGCAAACCGGUGUGGAGCCACAAGGCAGAGAAAGCCCACGACUGAUGGACUGUUGGAGGGGCCUUCAUCACAAUCUGCAAUAAUCUAGUGAAUGUCCCGAUUGGUGCACAUGAUUUUCAGUCACCGGUGUGGAGAAAUUCACACCAAACCCUGGUCUGUGAUUGGGCUACGCUGCUGGUAUAAUGUGUAAUUGCAAUAUACAACAUCACCCGGAUGGAAAUCAUCUUCCACAAGGAUUUCCUCCUGUUUGCUGAGAAGUAGCUGAACCGCCGUGUGCCUUAAAAGCUUCAGUUUCGUAAUAAGAAGGGAAAACCCUGAGUAAUAGACUCAUGAAGCUACAGAACUCUGCUGUUUGUCUGAUCUCGCAUUAAUUAGAGUCACAAGUCGGAGAGAGCUGGAUGUUGGAAAAGUCCUGUUUAUGUUCUGCUUUGUUGUUUGAACAAAAAAGUCACACACAUAUAUAUAUGUACAGGAAGAAGAAGCUAAAAAGUUCAGUUUUAAGGUGGAGGACUGCAGGUAACGUGACAGAACAUCGAGGAUCUAAACCGGUUUUCUUUUGUAUUCUGGUCAUUUUGAAUCGAUUUGGCUCAGAUGCUGUUUUCAAAUAACGAAAAACCCUCAACAUAAAGCUGUAAUUUCAUAAUUUCUAGGUUCUAAAGGUUCCCAGGAUUACAAAGAACCAUAAAUACCAAUUAAAUAAAGACUGCACU